GGAACAUCGUUGUGCGAACACACCGCCGGAGGGACGCCACGGCCGCCGCCGCCAUGACCGACGUGGAGGAGCGGAUCGUGAUGACGCCGAAGGGCAAGACGGCCAAGUCGACCACCAUCAUGAUCGAGCGGCGGAAGAUGGAGGCGGCGCAGCAGGAGGGGAAGGUACACGUGGGCGCCGGGCAGCACUCCGGCAUCGUCAUCAAUAAGGAGACAAGGACGGAUGACCUGGAGGACACGCCCGCCCACCUGCAGCUGGAAUUCAAAGUGUUCCUGAUCAACGCACAGACGCAGAAGCACACGCAGGAGAGCCGCCAGCUGCGCUUCUGGUUCCAGGACGCCGUGCCGGAGAAGGAGCGAAUGAAGAGCGCGCAGGAGUUCUUCAAGGAGCUGGUGGCGCCCCUCGAGUUUCCAAGAGAUUACGUAGGCUUCAUAAAAAAGAUAAUGAAGAUGAUGCAGCACAAGUACAAGACGAUCAGCAAAACGGAGGUGGAGUUGAGGCAGCUCGAGGAAUCAGACAAGCCGCCCACGAGACCAUUUUGCUGGAUUCGUAAAGUGGAGGAUCAGAAGGCCGAGCUUAACGAGGAGAAGGUCUUGGAGAUGAUCGAGUCUUCAUACCCCAAUCCUAUUACAGUCAAGGAUAUGGCCAAGCGAUCGUCAGCUUCUCUGGAGGACGUGGAACUUUACAUCUCCGCCCUGACAGAGAAGGGCCUCAUUAAGCCAAUGGCACCUGGAUGCUACACACGUAUUGUGCAGAAUGAAACUGAUGUCAAGAUGAUAUCUCAGGUUGUGAGGCAGAUGCCGACCAUUGCAUCAAACAAGCAGCCCACAAUUGCCAUUAUCACAGCUCACUACGCAGAAAAAUUAGCAGUGGACACCAUGAUUGAGAACCAGGAAACCUUCGUCAGAUACACCACAGUCGGUGGUACAUACGGGGAGAGUAACAUCUACACACUAGGUAACAUCGGAGCACACAGGGUUGUGUGCACCAAACUCCCCACAGUCGGUCGUGAUCGGUCAGCCUCCAUUGCUGCUGGAAACACAACGACACGGUUGCUUGGGACUUUCCAGAAAGUGGACUAUGUUUUCCUUGUGGGAACGGCAGGAGGAGUUCCACACUACACAGAUUACAACAAGCAUGUCCGACUUGGUGAUGUUGUUGUGUCAACUCCUCCCGAUGGACAGAAGUUUAUAUACAUGUAUUGUGAGGGAGCAAAGGUAUUAGAAGAUGGACUGUUUGAGUUUGACACCAAGUCUUGGGGGCCACCUGACCUUACUCUACAGAAAAUUGCUCAACAGCUAAAGGAACAGGGUGAGGAGGCAUGUGGCCCAGCACCUUGGCUCCAGUACAUGUCCGAAGGCAAUGGCAAAUUAGCAGCACAGGAGAUGGACUUUAAGAGACCAGGUGAAGGAACAGACAAGUUGUACAUGAGUAUUGGAGGCUCAGACGUGAUUGAGGUAUCCCAUCCCAUGCCUCCCGAAGGGGCCGAGAAUGUCAGGGACCCGACAAAACCUCGCAUUCACAUGGGGGUGAUAGCCUCAGGUCACUCUGUGGUCUGCAACGAUCAAAUGAGGCAGGACUUUGCUUCUCAACUUGGCGUGCUCGCUUAUGACCAGGAGUUUGACGCAGUUGUGGAAUCCAUCUAUGGCAAUCGCAAGGACCACUACAUGUUCAUAAGGGGCAUUUCUGAUUACCAAUUAGAAGAGCAAAGAACUUUAAAUAGUUUGUUAAUGCUUAUGUGGAUUUCCAGAUAAUGCAAGAUGUUUAAUUUUUGCACUACUUUUUCUAAUUUUCAUGAGAUGAAAAUAUGAGUGUGCAUAAUUGAAAUGGUGCUUUGAUACUGAAGGACUUUGACUUUUACUGUAAUCAUUAUUUUUUCUGCAUUCCAGUCUUUGUGAAUUCUUGUGGUGUAUAGUAUUAUUCCAUGUAGAUGGCCAGUCACUGAGUACAGUAAUUCAUAUCAGCUGGACUCAAAUUAUUAUUAUGAGAGAUUUGACAAGUAGAAAGCUUGGAAUGCCAGAAAUAUAGAUUAAUUGUUUAAAUGGUUAGUUUAUUUAUUAAAUGGUUCAUUAUGCAGUAUAGUGACUUGGAAGUUUGAUAUUUUUAUUCAUAUACACAAUGAGCAUUGCAGAAAUCAAGAAUGUUUCUUGAUAUUCUGUAUACAAAAGUUUGUUUUAAUGUUUGGAAUAAUUGUAACAGCCUGGGUUUACAUGGUACACUGUUCAGGAAAUAUUACAUUACUGGAAGAAGGAACAUAUUAAAGUUGAUUUUUCACUGACUUUAAGAACAAAUGGGACUAUAGAGGAGGCAGAGGGAAUCUUCGAAAUGGAGACUUUAUUUCUUCAGAAGUAUCUGGUCUUCCUUCAGUGACUAGCCUUGUAUAUGUGUGUGUUCAACUCUCUCAUCUCCCUGAUACAUGUUACUCCUGUUACACAUGAAUAUGAUAUUUUAUUGACGUUGUUGCUCCUGUGCAUUAAGAUAAAGGAUAAAUAUAUUGAUAGAUAUAUAUAUAGAUAUAUGACUUUGCUUAUGGUAGGGUAAAUUUAGGCUUGAGCUAACAUCUUGUCAUCACUAGAUAUAUUAGGAAAUUACUUAUUAGAUUUUUUUUUUUUUCAUUAUACAUUGUGGUCUCAUCUGAAUCUAUUAAUGCGUAUUUCUAGAAUGUUUUGUUUUUUAUUGUUAGUUUUAUCCUUCUUACUCUUUUUUCUUAACUGUGUAGGAUCUUUCAUUUAUAUUGUGGAAAUGUUGCUCAUGUUAUACAAUCAUCCACACUUAUUAGAACUUUUUGCUGCACAAAAAAGAUACAUAAGCAUCAGUAUUUUUAUUAAGGUUAGGACACGCAUCAAGCAUGAUCUGGAAUGAAGUGUACCAGUGCUAGUCUCUUUAUGUUUAUGAUAUUAACUGUAUGUUUCAUGUGUGCUAUUUCAUUUAUACUGGUCACACUGAUAUCAGAUGGUGUCACUCUUAGGUAGCGUGAUCUGUGAAGUCAAGAUUCCUUUCCUUUGUAACAAUAGCAUUUAUAGAUAACUUCCAAUUUAGCAUUUUUCUUGUUAAGCCAAUCUUGUCAUAGGAUUUCCACUUCCUGUGUUUUCCACUGCAGUGUUGAAAGAUUGUCAGAUACGAGCAUAUGGUGAAGUGUGCCAACGGACACCAAAGAAGAACUAAUCAAAUAAAGAUGAUGAAAGUCUUA